UUGCCUGCCAGUCCGUUCACCCCGCGGUCUCCGUGGGUCACUGUGACACACCGCGGGGGUGUGCUUCGGGCCACGGUACAGGUAACACGAUGCCUCAAAAUGGUAUGAACUUCGAUGGUAGAAGAAGAGGAGUGCGUCACAACACCUGUAAAGCAAAUGGUUUGGUCAACAGUCAGGUCCCAGGCAGAGGUUUGGUUAAUGGAGUCACUGCUCACAAUGGCUGCCCAGCUACUGCCACUAGAAUCAGUGAGAGCACACCAGCAGGCAUACUGAAUGGUACCAAACCACAAUGCAUGGUUAAUGGUUAUUUCAACCACGGGUAUCAAGGCAGGAUUGCAAAAGCAGCGCCCCCAAGGACACGCAGGAAACAAGGAAAAAUUAUUCCAGCUGUGACUGAUGCCUCAGCAGCUGGCAGGGUCAUCAGCAGAGACAUUUCAGGUGGUAUCUCAGUCAGUGGGGCCACCAGUCUAGACACUGUUGCUUUGCCCAGUAUUUCUGACCAAAUGGCACCAGAGCCCAGCCUGUCAGCAGCAGCAAAGAACCAGAGAAGGAGGAGGAAAUCCAUAUGUAAGAAAAGAUACUCUGAAUUCGUCUCUCCGGAGAACUAUACACUCCUAUUGAUGCCACCACAAGAGGAGGAAGACUGGGAGAAUGAGAUCCAAGAGGUCACACUCACCGACUGGGAAAAGAUGUGUUUUGGGGUCAGACCCUAUGGUCCAGAGGAUGUGCUCCACUUUGCAUUGCGGGAUUUGACACUAAAGCAAAGGGACACAGUUGACCUGCCGGUGACAGCCAAUUACAGCCCAGCCACACACCACCCACAUCCUGUGCAAUGGACCUGCUACAAAAUUCCCACUGAGCCAGACCAGUUCGUCGACGCUGACGAUGCAGUGGGGCCAAUAAGCAGCGGAUGCGGCCAGCGCCGGGCUGCAGGCGGCCCUCUCAAUGGUCUCUCCCACCAUGAAAGCGGUGGUGGAUGCUGUAUGGGCGGUGUGGAGCAUCGGGGCCUCCAUCUAUGACUACAUCCACACCAACGCCAUGGAGGAGCGCAUCCACGCCCUGGAGAACGUCAUCACCAUCCACCAGUGUGUGAUCGGGCUGCUGUCCGCCGGCGUUUUGGUACUCUUCACUUACAUCCUCUUCAAGAAGCUCUGAAGAUGUGUGAAGGGGUGGGCUGGGGCUGAUGAGAGAGGUGGACCGACCGGAAUCAGACGUUGGAGUCGAACGUGGUAAAACAAACACUGAUCAGACAGACCGAGGGGAAUUUUACACUUUGGGUACAUUAGACAGGCUCAUAAGAGUUGGAGGGUACAUGCAGUUUCCAAGGGAGGAGACUGAGGAGGACACGGGGUGGGACCUAACACACACAGGCACACUGUCUUUAUUCAGACAAGGUGGUACGAAGAUGCGGCCUAAUGGAAAAAACCCUACAAAUGAUUAAAACAUAGAGUUACUGUUUUUAAAAAAAAACUUUGCAGUGCCCCCCAUUUAUAUAAAUCUGUUUUGGGGAAAACCUGCUGAGGUUCAAGUCCUCUGUCAGCAAUGUAGUGGUUGUGGAGGAGGUGAGCAUGUGGAGCUACAGGGUCCAACUGUUUUUUAAAGGCCGGUAUAGAUAGUUUUUGUAGUGAUGACAGAUUUUAUGCACUGGUAUUCAGUAUCUUUAAAUUUUUAUUUUGAAUUUAGAUUUAACACUUAAUUUGAAUGGCUUAAGCGCCAGAGGAAUUAACUUUUCCCUCCUAGGGUUUUAUUCUUAACAGGAUUGGCCAUAAAAAAGGAAGCUGGAGCUGGUAACUAAAAUAUGUCCGUAAUACAUUUGAAUGUUUUCUCAGGUUAGCUGCCUGAUAUUAAAAAUAUCGGGCAGAUUUUAUGCACUAGUAUUCAGUAUCUUUAAAUUUUUAUUUUGAAUUUAGAUUUAACACUUAAUUUUAAUGGCUUAAGCGCUAAAGGAAUGAACUUUUCCCUCCUAAAAUUGUAUUCUUAACAGGGUUGACCAUAAAAAAGCAAGCUGGAGCUGGUAACUAAAAUAUGUCCGUAAUACAUUUGAAUGUUUUCUCAGGUUAGCUGCCUGAUAUAAAAAGAAAAAAAAUAUCUAGUGUCAGCACAUACAACAGCAAACUAGUAUAUUUACCAACCUUAUCAGCAACCCGUACACACACUGUAGUAACGGUGUGUGUCAGAACCAUUUAAAAACUCCAUUUACAUAGAGAUAACGUCAGUUGACAGUAUGUGAGUGUCCAUGGCCUUGAAGGCGUAAUUCACUCAUUUCCUAAAGGGAUCAUUAUUGAAAAUCAUUUGCCACAACAACUUCUGCCUUACAGCACAUUCUGUUUUGUUGGCGCUAAUUUUUCUUGAAGCCUGACUGAGACAUCGGGAGACGCUUAUUGCCCUGAAGCUAGUGUCUGUGAAACAGAUGACUGGAGAGUGCGAAGGAGCUGCGGUGUGAAAUUUCUUUGAUAGAGAAGAAGUGUAGCUUCUAUUAACGUAUCUCAUAUCCCCCGAUAUUAGCCAUAUGGAUCUCUUAUGAACAUCUCUUUCAGUGAGUAGGCUGAUAACACCUUUAUAUUUGUUGUGGAAGAUUUUCUACAAAAGACUCUGAAACCAAUUAAACACACAAAACCCUGUUGUCUAUGACUGUAAGAGAAAAUACCCCAUAGCUGUUACGUUGCUUUUGGUGAAAGUAUAAAACACCACGAUAUAAAGUGUCCUUAAAAACUGUAAAUAUAUUUAUGUUUAAGUGCUGUUUUUUUUUUUAGCUGGCCAUUGAGACAUUUUCAGAUGUGCUACUACCCCAUAGUACAACUGCUGCUUAAUAUUUAUGGUUUAGUUAUUUGAAGGCAAUAUUUUGUACCAUGUGCCAACAUAAUAAAUGCGAUGAUACUAGGUACUGACUGCAAACACUGGAUCAAUGUGUGGUGUGAAAUGUGAAGUAUCUUUUAGAGGAUAAAGGAUGUUUUUGUCAUGGUAACUUAAUUUAGCUUCACUAACCUACCAAGAACUGUCUCAAGAGGUGGUGGGUCACUGGAAGCGACGGCCAUAAGAGUCCUGAGUUACGAAAAAGAAGUGUGUGUUGUGUGUUUAUCUGUGUACUUUUGUUACUGUCCCAGAGGGAACAUAACAAGAGAACACCCAAGGAUGAGAAACUAUUUUAAUAUCAUUUUAACAGCAUCAAAGUUUUUUCUUCUCAAAAUGCCAAAAUGUGGAAUUUUUGCAGUUAAACUGCAACUGCUUACAAUACUGCCAGUGUCCAACAUGAGUCUGUUAUCAAAUACAGCACAAACUGUUGUAUACAAAAAUGGAAAGUGAGUUGAAGUUGUAAAUCAAAGCUAUAAAAUACUUCCGUAUAAAGCUGUAAUUGCCGGAGGCAUUUCAAUCACAUGUAAGAACAUUACUGGCAACACCGGUAGAACCACUAAAGAAGAAACAACUGCGAACUUCAGAAACUGCAACACUGGGUUUCCACUUGAAGGCGAGGAAACAACUCUUGAGCAGCCAUGGUACCAGCCUUCUACAGGACCAAGAGGAACACCUGCUCCAAAAUACGUGCUGGUUCUUCAGCUGACAAACUUCUGCACAGUUGUUAAACAUUUGUUGUAUUUAUCUGAACCUCAACGCCUCGAUCUCCUUACACGUCUACUCAUAAGUGUCCAGUCUGGAGUAGAGUAUAUUUGGAGGUGAAUCUCUCCACACUCUCCCCCUCCAGAAACUUCAUGGCUCUCCAGUGGAUCUUGCCACAGUUCUCCGGCUGUCCGCGGGGUCCCAGCUCCUCUUGGAUGUACUGCAGCCACAGAUCUUGAAGG